AUGACAAAUUUGGAAUGGUUACAACAGUUUCAAUUAUCACAGGCUGAAUUCUUAGUUCCGGGCAUUUCAGAUCAUUCUCCUGUUGUUGUUUCAGUUUUUGAAAAGAGGAAACAUGGACCACCCCCUUUUAGAUUUUAUAAUUUCUUAAUGGGAGAUGCUGAAUUUUUAGAUAUUGUUAAUCAAGCUUGGAAGAUUCAAGUUAGAGGUAAUCCCAUGAUCCAGCUGGUUACUAAACUCAAAUUUUCCAAAAGAAGAAUUAUUGAAUUGAAGAAAAGGAAAUUUAAAAAUGUUUCAGAGCAAUCUUUGCAAUCUAAGGAAAAUAUGCAAUUGGCUCAAGCGCAACUCCAAUCUGAUCCUCUUAAUCAAGAUCUUGCUAGUAGAGAAAGAGACUAUGUUUAUGAGUAUGUUAGACUUGCUAAAUCUGAAGAAUCUGCUGCUAAGCAAAAUAUUUUCGGAGAUGAUUUUGUAGCAGCUGUGAAGAAUUUCUUUGAUAAGUAUAAACUGUUAAAAGAAGUCAACAAUAACUUCAUAGCUUUGGUUGCUAAGAAAGAGAAUCCUAAUACAGUUGCUGACUUCAUACCUAUUUCUUGUUGUAAUGUAGUGUAUAAAUGCAUUACUAAGAUCAUUUCUCUUAGAAUGAAGAAGGUGUUGAGUGGUCUUAUUAGUGUAAACCAGUCUGCUUUCAUUUCUGGGAGGGCUAUUCAAGAGAACAUCAUGGUGGCCCAUGAAAUUGUGAGAAACUAUCAUAGCAAAAAGGGGUCUCCUAGAUGUGCUUUGAAAUUAGACUUGAAGAAGAUUUAUGACACAGUUAGUUGGGCUGUACUCUUACUGCUAGCUGCUUCCCCUCUUAAUGAUUUCUUAGUUAAAUCUAGCAAUUGUAAUGGGUUAGAAAUGAAUAGACACAAUACUUGUUUGUUUCACUCUGCUAUUGAUGAUGCCAAUCUUAAUCUGAUUGUCCAAGCUCUUGAUUGUUUUGUUGGUGACCUGCCAGUUAGAUAUUUAGGGGUUCCUCUUUUAUCUGCUAGACUUUCUUAUAAGGAUUACAUUCCCCUUCUUGAAAAGAUAAGAAUGAGAGUUAAGACUUGGAAAGCCAGAUUCCUUGCUUUCCCUGGUAGAGUUCUUUUGAUUAAAGCUGUCUUGAAUGGAAUGGUGUACUUCUGGCUGUCCUGUUUUGUGUUACCUAAAAAAGCCAUUAAAGAACUUAACACUAUUUUCAAAAGAUUUUUAUGGGAUGGUCCUGAUUUGGGGAAGAGGUUUAAUCCUAUUAGAUGGCCAAAUUUUUGUCAACCUUAUGAUUGUGGAGAUUUAGGAAUUAAAUAUUUAGAGAUUACAAAUGUGGCUGCCAAUUCAAGACAUAUUUGGGAUUUAGUCUCAGGCAAGGUCAUUAUUUGGACAGAUUCGGUUAAGGGAAAUUUGAUCAAAGAUCAAGAUUUUUGGUCUAUGGAGAUCCCCCACGACUCUUCUUGGUGA